AUGCAGCUUACCUGGUACCUGGCGGCCGUGGCUGCCGCCACAGUCGCCCAAGCUUCUCCGCACCCCCCACACUGGCAACAACCACUACAGGAGACAUCCUUCUCGCCCGCACAGUUGGCUAGCCUUGGACAUGAGUUAUCAAACGCGGAGGGUGUUAUCAGCAACUCCCCUCUUCUCUCGUUCCACCGAGAUAUUAUUGAAAUUGAGUCCAUCUCCGGAAAUGAGCAUGAGAUCGGCCUCUUCGUUGCCGAGUUCCUCGAGUCCAAGAACUUCACUGUCGUGAAGCAAGAGGUCGCUCCCAUGAAGAAAAAGCAGGCCGACGAUGAUAACUCCACUCCUAAACAACGCUAUAAUCUUUACGCCUACCCGUCCUCCCAUUCAGAGCCGCCCUCCAUACUCCUCACCAGCCACAUCGAUACCGUCCCGCCCUUCAUUCCGUACUCUGUCAGCGAACCUAAGGCGCAAUACACCGCAUUUGAAUCCGAUGAUAUCAUUAUUGCUGGCCGCGGUAGCGUUGACGCAAAGGCUAGCGUUGCAGCCCAGAUCUUCGCUGUCCUUGAAACUUUGAAGGAGAAGCCCGACGCUAAACUUGGUUUCCUCUUCGUGGUCGGCGAGGAAACCGGCGGAGACGGCAUGCAGGCUUUCUCCAAGUCCGAUUUGAACAAAAACAGCGUCUACCACACUGUCAUCUUCGGUGAGCCCACCGAGGGUGCCCUCGUCUCUGGCCACAAGGGUAUGAUGGGCUUCGAGGUCCUCGCCCACGGCAAGGCUGCCCACUCCGGCUAUCCUUGGCUGGGUGAGAGCGCUGUCUCGGCUAUCAUCCCGGCGCUCGCUCGCGUCGACAAACUCGGCGAUAUCCCGGCCAGCGAGGGUGGGCUUCCCUCGUCCCCGAAGUACGGUCGCACUACAUUGAAUAUUGGUACCGUGCAAGCGGGCGUUGCGACUAAUGUUGUUCCGGCUGAGGCUCGGGCGGAUGUUGCGGUGCGUCUUGCGGCCGGGACACCGGAAGAAGCGCGUGAGAUUAUUCGUCGUGCUGUUGCGGAUGCUACGCGGGAUGUCGGUGCUGAGGUUGUUGUUGACUUCAGCUCGCACGUGGAAUUUUACCCGCCUCAGGAUGCUGAUACCGAUGUUCCUGGUUUCAAAAUUAUCCCUGUGAACUACGGUACUGAUCUGCCCAAUUUGAAGGUCAAGGAGGGUGUGAAGCGUUAUUUGUAUGGUCCGGGAAGCAUUUUCGUUGCACAUGGUGAUAAGGAGGCUCUUACUGUGCGCGAUAUGAAGGAUGCGGUUACUGGAUAUAAAAAGUUGAUCAAUGCUGCCCUAGAGCGGGAGUAA